UUUCGCUUGUUUUCGUGCCGGUGUCUCUUCAGAGCGAGCAGAGGGGCGGAGCCUCCUCCUCUGAGGCUCGACUCUCCGCGGUCACAUGAUGAGCAGAAGACAUUUGAUCUGACAACAUGACACACUCCGGCCACACUCUGGCAUUAAUCUGUGAAGAAGAGGGAAGUGAAAGCGGCUCCGUCGUCAUCCAGCUCCUUGCUCCUCCUGCUCGGUGAGUCUGAGCGGCUCCACGAUGCCGGGUCCCGACAUGUCCCGGUCCAGUCCGGAGAGGUCCCUGUCCGGCCCCCGGAGGCUCAGCUAUGCGGCGGGACACUUCCUGAACGACCUGUGCGCGUCCAUGUGGUUCACCUACCUGCUGGUCUUCUACCACUCGGUGCUCGGGUUCCUCAACACGAACGCGGGUGUGCUGCUGCUGGUGGGGCAGGUGGCUGACGCUCUCUGUACUCCUCUCGUCGGCUACGAGUCUGACAGAAGCCCCGGCUGUGGAAACUACGGCAAGAGGAAGACAUGGCACUUAGUGGGCACAGUGAGUGUGGUGCUGUCCUUUGCCUUCAUCUUCAACCAGUGUCUGGGCUGCGAUGCCCUCACCCCUCAGUGGGCCAGCCUGACCUACUUCAUCCCCUUCAUCAUCGUCUUCCAGUUCGGCUGGGCCGCCACGCAGAUCUCCCACCUGUCCCUCAUUCCGGAGCUGGUCUCCUGUGAGCAUGCUAAGGUCGAGCUCACCGCGUACAGAUACGCCUUCACAGUGAUUGCCAACAUCACCGUGUACGCUGUGGCCUACCUGCUGUUCCACCUGCAGACCAGUGAGGACAGCGACCCGCUCGGCGACGCACUGGGACCAAAAGACAUGCCCAUCUUCAGGAAUCUGGCUCUGAUCGUGCUGGGCAUCGGAUUGCUCUUCUCCGUCGUCUUCCACCUGGGAACCACCGAGUCCAGACCUGGGGCUGGUGGGGAGGCUGCAGGAGAGGAGGGGAGGAAGAGGGUGGAGGAGGAUGAGGAGGAGGAUGAGGAGAAGGAGGAGCGCAGGCCCCCCCUUCCCUGCGCCAGGGCCUCCUCGUCGCUCCUCCAGUGGAAGUGUUGGCUGCAGCAGCCGUCGUUCUACCAGGUGGCCCUGCUCUACAUGUCGACCAGGUUAAUAGUGAAUCUGUCUCAGACCUACAUCUCUAUGUAUCUCAUCAACACUCUGGGGCUGUCCAAGAAGUUCAUAGCGACGAUCCCACUGGUCAUGUACCUGAGCGGAUUCGUGUCCUCCUUCAUCAUGAAGCCCGUCACCAAACUGAUCGGGAAAUGUCUCACCUACUUCGUGGGCCUGCUGCUGAUCAUGGCUUUCUCCUACUGGGUGCUGCUGGACGACAGGAUGGGCCAGCGGGUAUACGGGGCAGCGGUGCUGCUGGGCACCGGCUCAGCCACCAUCCUGGUCAUAUCACUGUCCAUGACGGCCGAGCUCAUCGGCGACCAGACUCAAAGUGGAGCGUUUGUUUACGGAUCCAUGAGUUUCACUGAUAAGCUGGCUAACGGAGUGGUAGUGAUGAUCAUCCAGGCACUGCAUCCUUGCCACACUGUGCUGUGUUGUCCCGCCUGUGUGUGGUUCUAUCAUUACAUCAUGGUCAUUGUGACGGGGGGCGUGGCCGUCGUCGCGGCAUUGGCCCUCUGCUCCAUCCUCAUCUGGCCAAUCAGAAUCAGACCACGUGCUCCACCAGUCUUCUCUGAUGAUGCUGCCAGAAUCAACUAACCACCCCCCCUCCUUUAGCUGCCUCCACCACAGUGCAAGAUAAAAUCACAAACUCUGCACAGAUUCAAGAUUCAUGUCAGGUAUCAGUUCUCUGUCAGUUCUCUGUCAGGUAUCAGUCAGGUAUCAGUCAGGUAUCAGUUAUCUGUCAGUUAUCAGUUAUCAGUCAGGUAUCAGUUAUCAGUUAUCAGUCAGUUAUGAGUAAGUUAUCAGUCAAUUACCUGGACUGGACCACAAGGACCACAAGGACCACAAGGAUCAGAGGGACCACAGGGACCACAGGGACCACAGGGACCACAAGGAUCAGAGGGACCACAGGGACAACAGGGAGAAUCAAGACCUUACAGACGACACGUAGACAAAGAACUGAACCUUCUACGGGACAGGAAGUUUCUCUCAGGUCCCGUCGAGCUGAGGAUGUAACGUUCAGUCAAACCCCAUCCUGCCGUACGGUAGGUGUGAGGCAUGCUGGGAAACCGUGUGCCGGUUGUGGAUCAUCUCAUUUGACUUUGAUGUAGAAAUGUUUUUCUAUUUGAAUCAUUUUCCUCUUGAUGUUGUUUACCUCUUAAUAAUUCAAUGGAAUAUGAAGACAACUAUUUUUAAUAAUCAAAAGACACUGGCAUUGAUUUAUAAGAUAUACAUUUGAUAUAUAUAUAUAGACUUCAAAGGGAUUUAUAUUGUAAUGUGUGUAUGUGAUAUAUGACCAUGAAUAUAAGGGAAUCACUGGUCAGUUCUCUGAUCAUGUUCUUUUGAUCUGAUUCAUAAAGGGACAUAAAUCAGU